AAACAAACCAAAGCUUUAAUUCCCUCAAUAGGCAAUGCGGUAGUGUGAAACUUCAGCAGGUGUGGCAUAAGUCAGCUAAACAGCAACAAGGUCUCCUUGUUUGCCUUGUUGUCUGUGGCCAUGGCUGCUCCUGGUUUGGUAACGGAAACCCAUGUUGUGCAACCUGUUGUAACCAAGGUGGCCCACACCAUUCCCACCGCUGUGUCCCACCAAAGUUUCAGUCAAAUCCAUAGCAAGACCCACAUUGUAGCUCCCGUAGUUAAGACUGUGGCUACUCCCGUCGUCCACACCUAUGCCGCAGCUCCUGUAGUGAAAACUGUAGCCCCUGUAGUACCUGUGGUUAAAACCGUCGCCCCUGUUGUGCCUGUUGUCAAAACUGUAGCCCCUGUUGUUCCAGUGGUCAAAACAGUUGCUCCUGUUGUCCCAGUCGUCAAAACUGUAACCGCCCCCGUGGUCCCAGUUGUGAAGACCGUUGCCACCCCUGUUGUCCACACCUACUCAGCUCCAGUUGUGAAAACUUUUGCCACCCCCAUUGUCCACACUGCUCCCGUGGUUAAAACUGUAGUGUCAUCCCCCGUUGUUCCUGUCGUCCAUGCUGCUCCCGUCGUUAAAUCUGUGUUCGUCCACUAAAAACGAGGAAGGAGUUGAAUGAUCCAAGUUUCGUUGCGGAACAUGUUUU